CGGGCGUCGGUUCGUCUCUCGGUUUUUCGAUCGCGAUCGUAAUUGCAAUCGGAAUCUUAUGAACGUGAACGUUCUUUGUGCAGUUGGAGCGCAGUGAAGUGAUUGUGAUUUUGAAGUUAGAAUUCCUAGCCAUGACCAAAUACAACAAUUCAAAUUCAAAUGGCAUGCUGCCUGGCAAUGGCAUUAAACAGGAAUAUACAAAUUAUCAGCAGCAAACUAACUCUGCGGAAUACGCUUACAGCAACAACAGCCAGACGCAUCCAAAUGUCAGUCACAAUCCUCACCAGACACUGCAUCAUUUCUUCAAUCGCUUUAAUGCCGUCGGCGAUAUCAGCAAUGCCGCCUGCAGUUUCGAGAGUAGAAAUCAUCAAUCCACAGAUCCCACCAAGCAACUCUCGAUGACAUCCUCGCCCAUUUACACAACGGACUACGAUGACGAGGACAGCAGUCUCAGUUCCGAGGAGCAUGUGCUUGCACCCCUCGUCUGCGCCUCGGCCCAAUCCUCCCGUCCCUGUCUCACCUGGGCCUGCAAGGCGUGCAAAAAGAAAAGCGUCACCGUCGAUCGACGGAAGGCAGCCACAAUGCGGGAGCGACGGCGACUCAGAAAGGUUAACGAGGCCUUUGAGAUCUUAAAGCGACGCACAUCAUCCAAUCCCAAUCAGCGUCUGCCCAAGGUCGAGAUCUUGCGCAAUGCCAUUGAGUACAUUGAAAGUUUGGAGGAUUUGUUACAGGAAUCCACGCCCACUCGAAAUGGCGACAAUCUGGCGCCCAGUUUGAGCGGCAAAAGUUGCCAGUCCGAUUAUCUGAGCUCUUAUGCCGGUGCAUAUCUGGAGGAUAAACUUAAUUUCUACAACCGACACAUGGAAAAAUAUGGUCAAUUCGCAGAUUUCGAUAGCAGCAGCAGUCCGAAUGGUUCAAGUUUGGAUUGUCUCAAUCUAAUUGUUCAGAGCAUCAAUAAGAGUACAACGAAUGCUGCUCCUAUUCAAGCCGUAUCCAAUAAAUCCACAUCCACAUCCUUGGCUGCAUCCGCGUCCGCAUCCAACGCAAAGUCGACGACAUCUUCGUUGCAUGCCAAUUUCAAGAAGAAAUGCAGCACAUAGCAUUAAGUUGCCCCAAUAUUAUAUAACUAGUUAAUUGUAAAGAUAUUUGUAAGUGACAGCAAAAAGGAUACGCGAUAUACAAACAGGAUAACAAAGGAUCUUUAGUUAAAGCCCAGUGAAAAUGUUAGUAAUAAAUUAGUAUUCUUGUAGCUCUACCAACUAUGUACUUAAUAAAUAUAUUUAUGUGUAAAAAA